AUGACAAGGAAUGAACUCCCCAACUCCCGCAUCCUCACUCAACUCCUCCAAAGAUUUACUCAGCAAGAAUUAGCCGAUAUUUAUGGAGUAAAUAAAAAGACCAUUUAUCGAAAACUAAAACCUUCUAAUAAACCCAAAAAAAAGCGGGGACGAAAGAGAAAAAUAGUAGGCAGAGUUAGAGACUUAUUGCUUCGUCUCACUGCUUAUCGUUCAGAAGAUAACACCCUAACUCAGCAAGAAAUGGUUGAUCGU